UAAAGCAUGAGCAAACAGGACAAAUUUCCUCAAGCUUUGUUUGAUUAUUGGCGAGAUCUUAUAGGCCAACAACAAGUGUCAUUACCUGCUCUUGCAAAACUUGUAUCUUGUCAAAACGUAUCUGAUGAUCGUCGAGUAAAUUGUAUUAAAGAAGCAGCCAAGUUAUUUCAAAAGACACAUGAUCAAGUAGACCAAGUACGAUGGAUAGAUACCAUGGCUACUGUAGGCUAUUUUGCUACCAACGAAAACUUAUCUCGACGUACCUUUGUGCCAUUGGUUGAACAAGCUGCUCGUCUAUUAGACACCAGUUAUUUUAACGACGCCUAUCUCGCUUAUAUCACGAACGACUCCAGAAUUGCCUGUUUUAACAACAAGCCACUUUCUCAGAAGGCAUUGACGAUUUAUGCCACCCUUAAAUUUCCUUUAGGCCAAGCUGUCAUCACGCAACACUAUCGAGACACACUCGCUUUUCUUGUGAAGGGAUUAGAAAAAGCAUUAUUGGCCUCAACUGAAGAAGCCCUUUUGGAUAUCCAAUUUACAAGCAAGACGCUCCUUGUGCUUUUGUCUCGUCAAUUAGGUGUGUCUGUCGAUAUGUUUAAGCAACAAGAUCCAUUGUUUGGCCGCAUUUUGCAUUUGUUAAUUCAGAUCUGUAUGGAUACGACUACACCUAAAGAAUGCAACCAAGUAGGAGGCAUGGCAAUGGGCGCUAUGAUCAAUUUAGCAGAACCUGCUUAUGCGUGUGAUUGGGUCCUAGCCUGGUUUUUUCAUCAGACAGAGAUGUCUGUCCUGGGCAUGUCUCGACCUCAGAUCAGUUGGGAAGGACGUGAUGCGCCCAUGGUUUUUGUGCUUCGAGGACUUGUCUCGAGUCUUUCCGAGGAAAUCCUGACUUUGACUUGUCCUUCUAUUCAUGUCCCUACACAGGAAAGUGGCACAUGGAACAACUUGAAUGAUGCCCUAUUUGCUAGUAUCAAUAUGUUUUGUGCAAGAGCAGAUCUAGACCCUUCCUGUAAAGUAAUUGCAUUUGAAUCCAUGGCUACUUGGCUCCAACAAACACAGACCAUGAUGGCUCACCAUAUGGAUGCUGUCUCUCGUCCUAUUGCCACAGACAAUAUGAACAUGUUGGUGCAAUACGUAUGGGAUCAUUGGGACGAUCCUACCGAUUCAAUUCAACAUAAAAUGCGCUCUAUUUUCGAACUUGUCUUGUCUACAUUUCAACGCAAAUGUGCCUACUAUCAACAAGACGAAACCAGCUUUACAAAGGACUUAUUGGGUCGUUUGUUAUCCAUGGACUGGCACCGUAAAGUAAAAUAUGCACUGCUGAACAUGAUGGUUGAUCGUAUGGAUACCAGCCAAUUUUUAUCGAUGGAACCUGAUUUAAUACACAAAUGUAUGCAAGCCAUGGAUAGCUUUAUCUUGUGUCCUCAAAUCUCUUUCUUUAUUGUGAGCUUCUUGUCGCGUCGCAUUCAAGACACGAUUCCUGGUCAUGCUAAAUUCAAUGGUCAUAACGGUAAAAUCAAGCCUGGAAGUGACCCUAAUGCCACAGAGGCAUGGAUUCAAUUAUGGACAUUACCUGCCUUGCACGCCUUGACAGCUUCGUCUGAACUCUUGCGUAAGAAUGCAAGUGGAUUUUUGUUAUCGCCUUUACUCAAGAUCAGUACUGGUUCUUUUUGGUACAUGAUGGACAUCUUGCAACAAGAAGAUCAUCCUGUAUGGCAAAAGAUGGAUACUAGCUAUCGUCUGAAUGCCUUUAUUGCUGUCUUGAAAGCAGGUCGUGGAUUAGAUAUCGUAGAUGGUCAUGCGUAUGGCACUUCUAUCUCCAUCAACACCUUGACGUGUGCUAUUUAUCAUCAAGAUGCUCAAGUGCGUCUGGACGUGCUUGGUUUACUGUGUGAAUCCCGUAAAGCAACGGCUGAAAUCACAUCCACAGAACUAGACAUGCUCAAGCUAUUCAUCCCACUGAACAUGAACUCAACAGCACCUGAGUUUCGUCAACAGAUGUGUGCCUAUCUAGGCAAACUAUUCACGCGUCUUCGGGGCCAUUUUUAUGCUCAACAUCGCAACUAUACUUCUUUAUUGACUUAUGCUGAUAAGCACCAAGACGAGAAACGACAGAACGCUUUGUUAGAUGCACACGAUUGUCUUGUGAUGAUGCAUCGAUCCAAAGCAUGGUUGGUUUGGUUAUUAGACCAUGUAGCUCAAUCCCUGUAUCCCGGUGCUUCCUAUCAACGUAUUGCCACUGCAUUGCGUAUCUUGUCUACGGUUUGCAAAGUGUUUGGUGUGACCGAGUCGACUCAAAUCAUCUCUAUCGCUACCCCCAAAUUGACCAAGUUAUUGAUGGACACAUUUUUGAAUCCUUAUGAUUUCAAUCGUGUUCAAGCGUUUGAUAUCUUGGGCCAAUUUCCUAGUCCUUUACCUGGGAUUGAUCCACAGGAAGCACAAGAUCUAUUAUGGUGGGGUCUAAACCAUGUUGUCAGCACGCGUGCAGGCGAAAGUGAUAGUGGUGCUAUGAUUUUCCGUCUUGUCUUUUCGAAAUACGUGAUGGAUUUAGGAUGUCCUUUAGUGCCUGAACAACAGGCGACUCAAAAAGAAGGCCAUGCUGCCCAUGUGUUUACAGAACAGUUGUUGGACAUGUUGGAGAAACAAGUGAAAGUGGCACAAUCCAACUUGAUGCUAGCUGCUCAACAACAUCCUAUGCAUGGUACUUUAUUAGCACUUCAGUAUGUUUUAGGUGAAUUGAAAGAUGCUCAUGAAGAAGCUUGGCAAAAGACAUUUGAACGUGCUAUGCGAUUGAUUCAAUUGACUUGUGAUACCGCCUUGCCUGUGCUGUCUGAUGCUUCACCUGAAGGUAAUGUGCCUUCGCGUUUUGACGAUGAUGACCAGGACGAGGAAGACGAUAUGGAUCAAGACGACAUGACAGGCCCUAAACAUCAAGUCAUCUUGAGUUGUUGUUGGCGUGCUGUGAAAGAAGCUAGUUCCUUGCUUCAAGUGAUGAUUCGAUUCGACCGUUUAUCGCAUCAGGACUUGAUUCAAAGUGGUAUGCUUUUCCGUCAUUUGUUGACUCAUAUUCGUCACCGAGGUGCCUUUUCUGCUGUCUAUCCAGCCUAUGUAUCUUUAAAUACACGAUUAUUGACUUCAGGCAAUGCUGAAUUGACUCAGCUGCCCAUGGCUUGGCUUCAAGAGAACUUGGAUAGUCUUGUAUCCAGCAAUAUCUCCAUCACACGUCGUAGUGCGGGUUUGCCUCUCUGUAUUUUGGCUAUUGUGAGUAGUGAACCUUCUGCUAAGAAACUAUUACGCCAUGCCAUGGCCUUCUUGAUCCAGUUAGCUAGUGAUCCACCUCCACCUGAUGCCGACCAACGUAUUGAUCUACCUCAAGUCCAUGCUUAUAAUAUUAUGCGUACCAUUUUUAUGGACUCCAAACUAGGACAUCAUGUGCUUUCCUAUGCUUCCCAAGGUUUCUCGUUGGCCAUCCAAGGAUUUUCAUCACACAGUUGGGCUAUUCGUAACUGUAGUGUCAUGUUGUUCUCGACAUUAUUACAACGUACACUAGGCACAAAAAAGACACGGGAUGAACAUGCCCAGGUCAAUACCUUGACAGGCCGUGAAUUCUUUGUCCGUUUUCCUGAUUUGCACCCUUACCUGUUGAAUCAAUUGGAUGUAGCCGUCAACCAGUUACUGACACAGGCAGCACACCAAGUUCAUCCAGGCCUGUAUCCCAUUUUGACACUUUUGUCUCGUAUGCAACCUGCCAUGGGAGAAGACAAGGAUCAUGUCUUGACACCUUUUAUUCCUUUAGUGAUGCCCUGUGCAUCCAGUGCGAUCUACAAGACACGCGAAAUGGCUGCUAGAGCACUUGUACCUCUUGUAUCAGAUAUUGUGCCUACAGUUCAAGAGUUACUGGUACUAUCCACUACACAGAAUGAAAUCCAUGGUCGAUUACUUCAAGUGCAGUUUUUGUUGCGCGGUCAUUUCUAUUCGCCUAAGGAUACAAAAGAUAUGCAUACUCAAUUUAUAGAGCACAUGCCUUCUGUCUUUCAUCAGGCAUUGAAGCAAUGUUCUGAAUGGUGUCCCAUGAAUACGGCUCUCUUCUUAGACAUUCUCUAUGAAUUUUGUGUGGAGACAACAUGGAUCAAAGAUGCAUCGCUAAAUGAGUUGGCUUCUACUUGCUUUGCAUCCAUGCGCGAAGCUGUUAUCGGUUUUUGUACGCAACGUAUUGGGUUGGAUAUUUCAGGUAUUGGUGCUUACUUGUUGCGUACUAGUAUGGCGGCACACAUUGUCAAUCAUGCUUUGAUGCAACCUCAAGUGCAAUUAGAUGGUAUUCUGUACUUGUUACAAGACCGUGAUUACGAAGUACGUCUUGUCGUCUUGCAAAAACUACUGGCUUUUUACAAGACAACACCUCAACCUCAAGGAACACAAGCAUUACAAACCUUGCUUGUCUCAAGAACGUAUGAAGGCGAAGAGAAUUUGAAUUGUUAUGUUUUGACAGCCCAGUUAUUAAUGGCUGUCAAUCCCAAACAACCUUAUUUAGAUACAACGCUGCCGUUUUCUUUAGAAUCUUAUUGGAAUCAACUGGUAUUACAGUUCAAACAAAAGCGCGCCUUGUCAGUAACUGAAUCCGUUCUUCCUUUACUCGGUGCUCUUUUAUCUCAAAUCCUUGGUUCAGUCUCUUUAUCCAAUGACUGGGUCCAGCAAUGCUUAGUGACAUGGAGUGAUUAUAUCACGACAUAUAGCCAAAAAGAAAUUACUUUACCUCUACGUGAAGCAGUAGUGAAGUCAUUACAAUUGACCUCCAAGCAAGUGUUUGAUCCAUUGCAAGGUAUUGACCAUGCCCGCGUCACAGCUGGCUUGGCUAUCACUCAAUUAUUACAAGAUGAUGAUGUGGAUGUACGUCAAGAUACAGCUGCUAUUGUCUCAAAUGCUUUUGGGUUAUCUGCGCCUGUGCAUCACGAACGUGCACUAGAAUUAGUCUAUCGAUUCUUAGCUGAACAGUUUAGUCAGUCAGACCGACUUCAAUCCGAUCUUAUUCAAGUACUUGAUUAUCCCAUCACUCAGCAAGUCUUGGCACAAGAAUUAGAUCCUUCAAAAGCGUUGUUUGCUAAAGAAAACCCCAAUAUUUACAAAGAGGACUUAAUGGAUGUUCAAUGGGCUCAUGUGGAUUUAGAUACCAUGUUAUUGAAACAUACACUCAAGCCUUUGAUGUGGGAAGAUAAAGCGCAAGCAUUUGUGUCCUUUUUACAAGAAUUGAAGCGUUUGUCUGAGCAUGUGAGUAUAUUUGUAUUUCUUGUGGUUUGUAUUGAAUCUAUUUUAGUUUAUGAAAUAUGGCCCUUUUGGUAUUUCCUCAAGACAAAGUGUGUUUAUGGCUAUGUAUAGUACUGCUUUGUAUCUUCAUUUAGUUGUGGAUCAACUCGACACUAUGUCUGAAACAACAUUGGAUGCGAUUAAGACAUUGAAUGACACUGUUUAUGAAUUAGAACAAGCAUGGAUCCAUCCUUUAAUUUGGGAUUUGUUACGAGGUGAAAAGGGAUUGUAUGCUAAACUAAAUUUUGUCUUGAGGCGUCAUGGUUUUGUUGAACACACAUCUAUGUUUCUAUUAGCUCCUGAUUCAAGAAAAUAAAAAGGCUGUCCAGUAUUGUUCUUAAAGAUCAAAUCCUACAUUAGCAGAAGCGAUGUUUUGACUUAUAAUGCCUUGUUUAUGAAUAGAAUCUUCAGGUAGUGUUCAUAUACACUGACCCGAAAUAAAAAAUUAGCCUGGUUUUUUUUUGUCAUUCGAAAUCUAAUCCAAG